GUAAUUCAUCUCGAAUUGAUUUUUCAGGAAACAUGAUAUGAAGAUCUCUUUCAAUUAAAGCGCGUUAUGCCUGUGGAUAUCGAGAAACUAGCUGAAGGCUGGUUGGAACUCGAAAGUGAUCCCGGAUUAUUCACAUUGCUUCUCGAAGAUUUCGGUGUACGGGAAGUGGAAGUGCGUGAAGUCUACGACGUAUCUGAAAAGUUCUGGAAUGAGGGACUCGGCGAAACGCGAGUGUUCGGAUUUAUCUUUCUCUUCAGAUGGAAUCAAGCGCGUAACAGGGGAAGACGGAAACAUUUGCGCAGUCUCCCGGCGCAAGUCGUGGAAUACGUGCAAGAGAAAGAAGUCGUCAACAGCAUGUUCUUCGCGCGUCAAAUGGUUCAAAACAGUUGCGCUACACACGCACUUCUAUCAGUGGUCCUCAACUGCCCCGACAUCGAUUUAGGUCCCACGUUGAACCGUUUGAAAGCUCAUACCUACGGCAUGGACCCAGAGAACAAAGGAUGGGCAAUAGCGAACACUCCGCAGCUAGCGAGGGACCACAACGCUCAUGCUAGUCCUCAAGCGCAAAGAUCUCACAUUGCUACUCAAACCGGAGCUCAGUUCUCUACUAACUCGAUAUCCCAACCGUCAGUAGGAACAAAAUCUCGCAUCAUGUCGAGUUGCACUACUACUGUGUCUACCGAAACGUUCCAUUUCGUGUCAUACGUACCGAUUCACGGAAGGUUGUAUGAGCUUGACGGAUUGAAACCGUCGCCGAUUGAUCACGGACCAGUUGAACCAGGGGAUUGGACUGCGAAGUUUAGGAAUAUUAUCAUGGCCAGACUUGGGAUCGAACUCGAGUCUGGACGCAUCGUUAACCAAGACGACGAAAUACAUUUUUCGUUGAUGGCUGUGAUACCUCACCAAGGUGCGAGUUUUGUGCGGAAACGUUCCAAGCUUCUUCAGUGGAAGGCGGUGUUGGACUUUGCCCUGAUCGAAGGAAACCUGGACAAGAUCGACGACACCGUUCGUUCCUCCGUGAUUGAAUACAAGGCCAGCAAACGCGAAGCUUUCGGGGAAAUCGACGCGGAACUCAUCAGCAAAAUCGCCGAGGAAAUCAAUGAAGACAUUGACGUCAUCGACAUGGCCAUCCGGGAUGAAGCUGAAAAGCAGCGAAAGUACCGGAUAGACGAUGCCCGGAGAGCUCACAACUACGACGGCUUCAUCACCACCUUCCUCUCCAUGCUGGCAUCGCAGGGAACAUUAGAAGAGUUGCUGAGGGACCAUUUUCAUAAACCAGUGUGUGGUUUGACGGAUUUGACAGCUAGUGUGGUUUUGAAUUCCGGAGAGAGUCAAAUCGUCAUUCCUAGGCCUUUGAAACGGAUCAGUGCGAACGGGAAGAAAGCGUCCGCCACGAGGCGGCGGACGAAGCGCGGGCGACCAAAGAAGGGGCUUGUCAAAAAGUGAAAAUUGCAGGAAAGAUUGUUAUAUUUUUUUCUCAAUA